CGCAAAGGAAUCGCGACUGCUGGGAGGGAGCUUCGAUUUGCACCUUUAGAGAUCGCAGCAGCAAAAAAUGAAGGGAACCCUGGGGAAGGUGCUGUGCCUGCGGAACAAUACCAUUUUUAAGCAAGGCUUUUCCCUCUGCAGAGUUAGAGCUUUGGGAGAGAAUUCCUCUUAUUCUGCAGGUGCCAUUCUACUGGCUACCAGUCGGCAUUAUAAGACAAAGCCCACUCAUGGCAUUGGAAGAUACAAGCACCUAAUUAAAGAACAAGAGCCCAAGAAGAAGGGAAAAGUGGAAGUGAGACCCAUUAAUUUGGGGACAGAUUAUGAAUAUGGGGUUUUAAACAUUCACAUAACUGCAUAUGACAUGACCCUGGCAGAGAAUUAUGCCCAGUAUGUUCAUAACUUCUGCAACCAUCUCUCCAUCAAAGUCGAGGAAAGUUAUGCGAUGCCCACUAAAACCAUGGAGAUACUGCAGCUGCAAGAAAAAGGCAGCAAAAUGUCCCUGGACUCAGUUCUUACUAUCCAUGAGCGAGUGAUUCAGAUCAGCAGUUUGAGCACCACAUUUGCAGAGAUUUUCUUGGAAAUACUCCAAAGCAAUCUUCCUGAAGGAGUCAAAUUGUCAGUAAGGGAGCACACUGAAGAAGACUUUAAGGGAAGGUUCAAAGCUCGGCCAGAACUAGAAGAGCUAUUGACCAAGUUGAACUAGUUAUUGCAGAUCCUUUCAUGCCCCAGCACUGGUGAUAUUAAGUGCC